AAAAAAAAAACUCGAGGGCCACAAGCCCACAACAGCAGGAACCCCGAACCCGGCCGCCGCGUAUUCCCCCUCCCCUCCGCUCCCAACCUGAAAAACCGAACAAAUCCCCCGCCCUCCUCGUCCCCAUCUCCGGCCUCCGCCCGCCCAUCUUCCCCCAUGUGGCUGCCCUGGGUGAAGACGCGCCCUUCCUCCCCCUCCCCCUCCUCGACCACCUCCACCUCCUCUUCCUCCUCCACCGCGCUCGUCCCCGCCGCCGCCGCCUCCCCGCGCCUGUCCUUCUCGUCCCCUUCCCUCAAAGACCUCCAGGCGCUGCUCCUCUCCGACGCCGCCACGCCCUCCCCGCCGCCCGCCGCGCCCUGCUCCCCGUCCCCGUCCCCCUCCAACGUCCGCGUCUUCCACCGCGUCCGCGUCGCCGCCUCGGCCCUCCGCGCGCUCCGCACCCUCCAGGCGCCGCCGUCCGCCGGCGCCGGCGCCGACUGCCGCGUCGUGCUCUACUUCACCUCGCUCCACGUCGUCCGCGGCACCUACGAGGACUGCCGCGCCGUGCGCGCCAUCCUGCGCGGGCUCCGCGUCGCCGUCGACGAGCGCGACCUCGCCAUGGACCCGCGCUACCUCGAGGAGCUCUCGGCGCUCCUCCCGCGCCUCGCGUCCCCGCGGCGCGUCACGCUCCCGCAGGUCUUCGUCGGCGGCCGCCACCUCGGCGGCGCCGACGAGGUCCGCCGCCUCCACGAGGCCGGCGAGCUCCGCCGCGUCGUGGCCGGCGCCGUCGCCGCCUCCCUGGUCGCCUGCGGCCGGUGCGGCGGCGAGCGCUACGUGCUCUGCGGCAGCUGCAACGGCAGCCACAAGCGGUACAGCGUCAAGGGCGGUGGCGGCUUCCGCGCCUGCGCCGGCUGCAACGAGAACGGCCUCGUCCGGUGCCCCGACUGCUCGCCGCCGGACGUCUGACGGUCCAGAUCCGAGAGGUCACGAUCUCAUAACUACUGAAUGCUUUCUUCCUCCAAGUUUCGAGCUAGAGACAAGAAAUGGGUCCUGUGUGUAGUACUAGCUGUUAAUCUUACUUGUUAGCCUAGUGUUGAUCUAAAUAUGAAUGUGGCCAUUUGCAAUUUUUCUAGCAUUUUGUUUGCUAACCAACGCCUCUAAUCCUGCUGUUGAUGUAGGAUUUAGAACAGCUGUUUGUUUCCUUGCUUCUCUGGCCUCUCUUUUUCUUCGCUAUACGCUGCUGGCAGAUCUGGGGUGGUUUGAUUUAAUACGGAGUGUACUCCUAAUUAACUUUGAGUAAAAGAUAGAUAAAUGCGACUAGCUAGUACCAGUUUAGAGAUAUAA